AUGCCACUUCUUCCUAUCUUCGACUCUCCACCAUCAUUAUGCCUACCUGACCUUGGCUUCCGCGUUCUACACCACGAGAAUUUUACAGCGCCCCAUCACACAUCAGCACCUAUCAAUAUCUAUACCACUAUCGUUGGCACAUAUUCUUCCCUCGCCGCCGCACAAACCGCUGCUCUCCACGCCCUAGAGGCCUCACUCCGCGCAUACGAAAAGUCCGGCUACAGCGGCAACGUAUACAAAGAGAUCGAUCUGCAAAUGCAGGGGCUGAUCACUGAGAUGGAUGGAAAAGGACAAGAGAGGCCUAUGAGCGAGUUCCGCAUCGAGGCCGUAGAGUCGUGGAGCCCAGGCAUCGUGCCACCAGACGGCGGAGAAGAGGAGGUAUCGUUGUUUACGGACUCCGAGCGAGAGGCAACGCCAACCACGAACACUAAGAAAGACAAAGCGAAGCAGAAGGUCGUGGUCAAGUUGCCGCCGCACACGGACCGCGCCCCACUCCCUCAAUACCCCUUCCCACGGGCACCACCGGAUUUCGAACUAGAGAAAGACGACCACUGGACCCAGACACGGGUACCGUAUUUCAGAAAGCGGCCCGAUGAACCAUUCCGGUCAGCAGAUGAUCCGCCUUACCGGGAAAACAUGGGCUAUGUACGCCGCUUCCUGAAGGCGCAUGAGCUGCCGACGCCGACAAUCGUGGUCGAGCAGCCUGAUGGGUUUGCUAUUGAUAUUGAUAUUGAAGAGCAGAAGGCAGAGGACGAAUGCGACGACCGCCGAGACAGCAAGAUCGAGGAUGAAGAAGUCGGGACCCGUUCGCCGAUGAGACGGUCGCUGUGGAGAAGGACUGCUAGUGCCCAUGGGCACGAUAGAUUGGUGGAGCCCAACGGCGGGGUGUAUGCGCAGAGCAAUGAGCUGGGCGGCGGAGCGGAUAUCGGUCCUAUCCACAGCGGACGGCGACAUUCAUCACCAGAUCACUUGUGA